AUGCAAGACCCCUAUCACAGACCAAGUCAAAAUAUAAGAGCUGCAAUAGUCGGCAGAUACAUGAUUGAUCAAACUAUUGUGUCAACGAUACUUGCACUGCCGCCUAAGUACAAAUGCCGUGGCUGCCAAAUUAUAUUUAACAUGGAGUGUGCAACUGUGUGCGAGGAUUCACGGUUGAGGGAACUGAUCACAUUAUGGAACAGAUGUCUGUCGGUCUGUCGUGUCCUGUUGGUGUUGGUUGCCAAGGGCUUCAAGUGCGCGUUUCACUUGCACCGAACACCAGCGGCUCGUGUCUGUCCUGGGUGGAGGCCACCUGCUCAAAACGUAUCGAUUGCGCGCGACGCCGAUCUAAAAGAGAGAAAAGAGAAUUUCACAGGCCGCGACAAAGUCGUAACCACAGCGUUACCGAAACAUCAGCAACAAAGUAUAAGGACUACGAAUAGAAUAGUCACUUCGAGGUCGCACUACAUUUUUCCUGAGAUUACAUACAUACGUCUUAAACAAAAACACCUAAACUAAGCAGGGAAUUACAACGAAGAAGUAAAAUAAAAUGCAGAGUAGAUCAUACUUUUGGAAAAAGUGGCUCGCUUACUUGAUAACCAUAGAAAGAGGAAAGUAAUAAAUAGUUUUAUAGUUCAUCCUUGAUAAUACAAUACAACAUACAUAGAAGCUAAAAAGGUGGAGGUAA